UUAACAAGAAAUGUGUGUUGGGGUUGAAAAACAAGUUUUAAUGACUCCAACCUAAGUGUAUGCAAACUUCCGACUUCAACUGUAUUAUACCAUAAUAAACUGGGUCCCAUCCUUACAAACUCACCUGCACAUACACAGUGAGAGCACUUCUCUAAAUGUGCUGCUGUUUGCACAGAUCCAACAUGCUGUUGAUCAAAACCCUAUUGUAGCGAAUUCGGGGGUAGCCUCUUGGUGUCGGGUUAAGGUCGCUACACGAUGUAUCAUUUCUCAGCCGUUACGUUUAGGUGAGGUUGUAUUAUGAUCAAGGUCAUUGCAUUUACAUUUCAUUCAGUAUACUGUGGUUGCAUCGUGAAACGAUAUGAACUAAAUCCAGAUGAUCAUGGUCACGCAAGCAUAUCCGUGCAUCGUUAUACUCCCUUAUUUCAGUUGCCAUAUGUGCCUUUCACAUUUCUGGUUUUUACAGAACAGCUCCUUUUGUUUUGACUGACUGAUUGAUAGUGAUUUGAUUUGAUUGCAUAUUUCCUUAUUACAAUCAAUCUCAUUAGAUUGGGUUGCAAAACAAUCAUAUUGUAUAGUAUUGUGACGUUAUUGUUGUUCAGAGUGUAUGUAUGUCCUCAUCACUUUAUGUACUGGAUUAGUAAAUGUUAUCGGUUAUAACUGGUUAACUCUGACAGCCCUAGUUAUCACUUUAAGGAAUGUAGCAGAAGUAUUGUUAUUUGCAUUGUUAGGAGGAAACUCGAGCGCCGUAUUAGCAGGGAUGUGUCAGUGAUACCAUACUGUAUGUGUUUAUUCUAGUCAGGGUUAUGGAAUAUCUGUGGUACACUACUAAGAAGAAAAGGUGGAGGAGUAUCAGAAAAUAGAUCGUACUUUGAUAGUAUUUUAUUGACACGCUUCCCACUGAGCUCACCCUGGUUGAAUCAACAAUAUGUCCACGCAAUUUCAAUGAACUUGUAUUGAAACGACUUGGAAUAGAGGUUGAAUUGACGUCUGUGACCAGUGGGUUUAGUCUUUUAUGAUUUGAAACCCGAUUUAAAAUAAUAAUGACUUGAUUAUGAAUUCAUUACUGGUUGACUGAAUGGGCGACCUAAUAUUCUUCUUCAAAUAACUGUUAACUCCUUUUUUGUCUACUGCAAUUCAGCUUUUAGCUGCGAUUGUGUACAAGGCAGACUAACUAAUAAUAAAACCUUGAUAUAUUAGUGACAAAAACGAGUUAACAAUCAAUGUCGACCGAUAGGCUGUUACUCUGUUUAAAACCUUUCACUAUGUUAUGCUUUUGGUAACCUCGUCCUCAUGCUAUAGCGCAUUUGUGAAAAGGUGUCUGGGAACGAGAUUAUGCUGUCAGUAGCCUAUUUAGUAUUCAUGUGUGAGAUAUGUAAUGACUAAUAAAUUGCACUGACUUCUACUUAUCCUUAUUCCUAUUAGUGCUCAAGUUUUAGUCACAUGCUGAUAAAUAAUACAAUUUAAAGAUAGGAUACUGUUUCCUUUACAUUACUACCUCACGUGCCGGAAGUAAUAAGACGUAUCUAUGUUUAAUUAUGACGUCGAAAUAGAAUUAUAUCAAUCCGUGACACGGUUCUUUUAUGCGUGCCCAAAAUAUAUUGAAAAGCGCCGAUAAAACAAAAAUGCAUAUUACAGCGAAAGGCAGGACAGUAUGCAGUCGGCGGAUACAAAGGCAAAGAUACUGACUCUGCAAGAGCAGCGGCUCUGCGUACAACAAUUAGACCCAGGCAGAGUACCAUGCUGCAAAGGAGAUCUUAGAGAAUGAUCAGAAUGCUCCACAAGGUAGAUGCACCCUGGGCAGGUCACUGCCCAAGCCUGGACCAUCAAAGGAGAGUGUUGUGGAGCGGGAGAAGUGUCGACAGUGUAUUCUGAUAGAGCAGCACAACAGGCUGAGGUUUGCUGUCAGGGCCAAGGAGUCACAGCUGCUGGAGAUGGAGCCGGACAUGAAGGUCCUGGAGCUGGACUCCAUAUUGGAUGAUGACGAGCAGCACUACGACCAGCGUGUGAGACAGCUGGAGAACAGCCUAGAAAAGAUGACAAUCAAAAUCACAGAGGCUGAGAGGAUCCAAAAAACCUACCUGCGAGUCUGCGACCACCUACAUCGGGAGGUGUGUGAGAUGCCCAUGGCUCUGGAUCAGCUGCAGAACUUAGUGGUCGGCGGGCAGUCAGAGCUAGGAAAGGUGGCGCACAUGUCUUACACCGCAGUGGCUGCAGUGGACUGCACUAAGAGUCAGCUGGUUCACGUGAAGAGGCAGCUAAUGGUGGAACGCAGAAUGACGGAGAUAGAGUUGACUGAAAGGAGGGGAGCGAAAGAGAAGGAGGUGGAGGGUCAGCUGGAGAGAGAGAGGGAGGGAGAGCGACGGAGCAGCAGAGUAGCUCAGAAGUUGAAAGAGCAGGGUUGGAGAGGGUCGGCUACCAGAGAAGGACUGGCUGAAGAUACAGCCCCUAUCAGAGCCCAGCAGACCGUCGCGGCCCCCAUUACGACACAGUCCGUCUUCAAACUGGUGGAGGAUAUUGAUGCUCUGAGAGAAGCCCUCAGCUGCACUGAUCUGCAGGAGCUGGAGACACGGCUGGCCUCUCAGAAGGCCACCAGGGAGCAGCUGCACACCAAGAUAACACAGUGUGAGGAGUUGGUCAGAAAGAGCAUGGAGACCCUGGCUACCCUUGAGCUCCAGUACGCCCAACUCAAGUUCAGCGCUGGACCCGGUUCCGACAGGUUUGAGCAGCUGAAGGAGGAAAUGCAGGUGGAGCUUGAGCAGGAAGAGGAUUGUUGCAGCCAAUGGGAAGCCAAGCUGGGCAAGGCCCAAUCUGUGCUGCAUGGGGUGGAGCAGGGUGUCAACAACCUGUUCUUCAGGAUUAGCUGUGUGCAUGUCAUGGACUCUCCCAGGGAGUUUGGGGAUCUGGAUGCCACCGAGAAGCUGAGGGAAAUCGGUGUUCGUCUGCUCACACUGCAGACCACAGCUUCAGAGAAGACCGAGGAAAACACUGCUGACCAUGAGAAGGUGUGGAGCUUCCUGGAGCAGAGAAUCAUGAUGGAGCCCAGAAUCUUCAAAAGGGCCAGCAGCCCAGUGUACAACAGCGUCUCAGAAGACACGUUCCAGUUCCGCAGUCUGGAGGAGGACUGCGCCCUGUCCCGCGAGGAGAUCAAGCGUCACAGUAUCCAUCUGAUCGAGGCCCACCAACCCAAGAAGAAAGCCCCAAGGGGCACCAAGAAGAGCUAGAGGCAUGUUUCAGAGAGAAGGACCAGACAGCCUGACAGCUGUGGCCCUCUACAUCCUACAGGGAGUAAGGCUGAGGAAUAAUAAACAGACUCAUAGUAUGAUUUUACUUUCUUUGUUGUCUACUUCAUACCUGAGUUUCUUACUGCUAUGUAAGGAUCAGGGAGAUUAGAGUAAGGUCUAGUUAACACAAAGUUAUGUUUUAACAAUCUCUCCGCCCUCUCUGCAAUUAGGUAACACUUGCAUACUUUGACACGGCAAUUCAUAAAAUACAUCAUCUGGGAUAUAUUCAAACUGUGGAAAAACAGUGCGCUGGAGUGCGAUUGCACCUCUCAUGAACCAUUGGGUGGUGGCACUAAGCAGAACAUUCUGAAGUGUUGAGUGUGUAAGACAGAGAGGGGGAUAUGGAACCGUGGUUGAAUAUGAAAGGCAGAAGAAUAUGAAAGUGAUGGAAGAAACUGGUGAUGAGAUGAACUAGUAGGGGAGUUGAAAGAAGUGGUCAUCUUGCACUACAGUUGAAGUCAGAAGUUUACAUACACCUUAGCCAAAUACAUUUACGCUCAGUUUUUCACAAUUCUUGAUUCAAUCCUAGUAAAAAGUUAGGAUCACCACUUUAUUUUAAGAAUAUGAAA